UUUAGUUAUAUCAGGAUCAGUGGUAUUUCAGAGAAAGUGGUCGGAUUUCCAGGUUUCUAAACAUUCUCACCAAUACAAAGUGAUGAAGGAAAGAAUUACAAAAUCGCUACAGACGCAUUUCGAAGAUGAUCCAGUAUUCUGGAAUGUCACUGUUACGCAGUUACGCGAAGACCACCCAAGCAAGCAAUCAGCGCUUGAAGGCAAUCUCGCCGCGGAAUUCAAACUUUAUCUACAAAGCAAGUCCGUGACAGGAAUUGCAAGACUAYGUGACGCCAUAAAACUAGGAAAACUGUGGAACAUCCCAGUUAAGAAGGAUUCUUUAUAUCUGCAAGGUCUGCCUUUAAAUUCAAUACCAAAGGACUAUAAUAKUUGGCCAAAGGGGCUCUACGGUCUUCCAAAGCCAAGRACGGGAUGUCCUGGUAAAGACUGGAAAGAAGGAUUUCGAUACCAAGACUCUGAAAACUUCGGCAAUAUAAACAAAAGAUCGAAGAACAGUCAUCYUGCGGGAAAUAUAACAAGACAUGGAAUUAGACAAGAAUUUUGCAUGCAUGAUGCUAUUCAAAGAACGCAACAUGUUACAAGACAAUGGCCUAUGGGGAAAUACUGCAUAUAUAAAUAUGGAAACCAGUGCCCCUCGGGACUUCAUGAAGGGUGGAUAUACUGGGAUGACGAGAAUACUUCUCUUGAUUUCCCUAACGAAUAUGGUGGCGCAGUGCCUUAUGGGAUGUAUGAUAAAAAUACCCUUAUAUACUAUUGCUGUGACAACAGAGGCAAGACGACCACGCCCAUGCUACUACCGACUGGAAAGCCUUUCUUUCUUUUCCCAUUUGGAACGAAACAAUGCCAGCAAGUACAUCAGUUUAAGGUCUCUAUAGAAUACGUAAUAUUUGAUGACGAAGAUCAAGCAAACAAAGAUCGUCGUAGUGUGAUAUCUCCAUAUGGACCAUCAGAAGAUCKUUAUAACACAAGAUUAUAUUACUGCUACUACCAACCAAUUCCAUGCCAGGAAAAGGACAGGAGUAACCCAGCAUGCUUUAGUCAUUUUUUACCGUCCAGCGACACCGGAACAAACAUGAUGAUGAAAGAAGCAAAUGGAACAGUGGCUGCAAAACAUAUUCACAGUCAUCGAGCUUUCGCUAUUGGCAGUGGAAUCGGUAUAAUGCUGAUGGGAUGGACAGCUUUCAUUGUAUCUUUACAAAGACUGAUUCAAGUCAAAAACCGACCAUCACAUCACAUUGUGUAUCAUUAUUAAAUAGAUCAUUGUACAGUUAAUUUAUAGUAAAAACAAAAAAAAAACAUGCUAUUUGUUGCUCCAAUUCUUUUUUUA